CUUUAACUCUCGGAGUCGAAAAUCUUUCUCAAGAUUUCCCCAUAACUAAAACAAUGGCAGCUUCUGUUUACAAACUUGCCACUUUCUUCCUCCUCUGUAUCAUCCCUUUCUCCUUCUCGGAGCUGGUUCAAGAGCAACCUCUGGUGUUGAAGUACCACAACGGCCCUCUUCUAAAGGGAAAAAUCACCGUCAAUCUCAUAUGGUACGGCAAGUUUACACCUGCCCAACGCUCCAUAAUCGUCGAUUUCAUCAACUCGGUGAGUUCCGGCAACCUCAAGCUUCCAUCGGCGUCUUCAUGGUGGAAAACGACUGAGAAAUACAAGAGCGGUUCAUCAACCUUAGUUGUGGGCAAGCAAGUCCUCUUUGAAAACUACCCGCUCGGUAAAAUCCUUAAGAACCCACACCUGCCGGCUUUGGCCGGGAAAUUUAACGGCGUGGAUACUAUCAGCAUCAUCCUCACGGCCAAAGACGUCGCCGUGGAAGGGUUUUGCAUGAGGUGCGGGACUCACGGGUCUACCCGUGGUCCGGUUCGUAGUGCCUUUAUCUGGGUAGGUAACUCGGAGACUCAGUGUCCGGGUGAAUGCGCCUGGCCGUUUCACCAGCCUAUUUAUGGUCCCCAAACGCCGCCUUUAGUUGCUCCCAACGGAGACGUUGGGGUUGACGGCAUGAUCAUCAACUUGGCCACCCUUUUGGCUAACACUGUCACCAAUCCGUUUAAUAACGGGUAUUUCCAGGGACCGGCCAACGCGCCGUUGGAGGCGGUUUCGGCCUGCACGGGGAAGUUCGGGUCGGGUUCGUACCCGGGUUAUCCGGGUACUCUCUUGGUGGAGAAGAGCACCGGGGCGAGCUACAAUGCAAACGGCGUUAAAGGCCGGAAGUACUUGUUGCCGGCGAUGUGGGAUCCUCAGACGUCGGCGUGUAAAACGCUGGUUUGAUGGGACACGUGGCGGGAGUCGAGUGGAGAUAGUGAUUGGGAAGCGUAUGUAGAUACUUGGAGUGUUGUAUGUAUGGCUUGUUGUAGGGGUAUGGUAUCACGUGAUGGGUAGAAUUCUAGUGCCCAAGAUCUCAGCGAUUCCGGUUUGGUGU